GUAAAAGCACCACCUUUGGGACAGACGAGAGGCGGCAUCUGUGCGCUGCUGGCGGCCGGGACAGACCAACCGGGACGCAGGAGUGAGCAGCGGCUCUGCGGGCUUUUAUUUGUAUUUUUUUUGGAGCUUUCGGGCUUUUUUCCUUCUUCCUCACCCCUUGACUAUGAUUGUCGUUUCUCGGCGUUUUGCGAUUUAUGAAGGGCUUUGCAAACACACGAGCAGGGACUUUUGCGGUGUAUUCGCCGUGCGUUUGGUCGGUAUGAGACACUGAUGAGCGUGGAGAGGACAGGAUGCCCGCCAGCGGCGCCGACUCGCUGAAACCCAGCGCCUUCAUCCCGGUGUGCACGGCCGCCUGCCUCCUGGUCGGCUCUUCCUCCCUGUUCUUCGUCUUCACGUGCCCGUGGCUGGCUGUGACCAUCUGCCCUGCGGUGCCACCAUGCUGUGCCGUCCUUUUCCUUUUCGUGCUGGCCAACUUUACCAUGGCAACCUUUAUGGAUGCCGGCGUGCUCCCAAUGGCCAGCGAGGAUGAAGACAAGGAUGAUGAGUUCCGCGCUCCGCUGUACAAGAACGUGAACGUGAAGGGCGUCCAGGUGCGGAUGAAGUGGUGCGCGUCCUGCCAUUUCUACAGACCUCCACGCUGCUCCCACUGCAGCAUCUGUGAUCACUGUGUGGAGGACUUUGAUCAUCACUGUCCCUGGGUGAACAACUGCAUCGGGAGGCGAAACUACCGCUACUUCUUUCUGUUUCUCUUGUCACUGACUUUUCACAUGAUUGGUGUCUUCACUUUUGGCCUCAUAUAUGUCCUGCACCACAUGGAUGAAUUAUGGAAGCUGCACUGCACUGUCACUUUGGUAGUGAUCAGUAUAUCCGGGCUGUUUCUGAUCCCUGUCCUCGGUCUCACUGGAUUCCACUUGUAUCUGGUAUCCAGAGGACGCACCACUAAUGAACAAGUAACUGGAAAGUUUCAGGGAGGAGUAAACCCUUUUACACGUGGCUGCUGUAACAACUUGGAGCAUCUAGUUUGCAGUCCCAUUUCUCCAAAGUACACAGCAAGGCCCUGUAGGAAAGCAGUCAUCCACAUUCAGCCUCCGUUUCUGAGGCCAGAAAUUGACAGGCAGAUGCCAGUGAAAGUCAGAGGCAACGGGAUACAGAGUCUCCAGAAUAAGCAAACCUCAACUGGAGCUGUCAAGCUGUCAGACAUCAAACAACCGAAAACUCCACCGCCGCUGCCUCCGAAACCAGACCACGGUCUGUUGAAGAGCCAAGUAGCUGCCAUGGAUGAUCCGGGGCAUCAUAAUAAAACCGUCCUUCCUGCAUCUAUUCCCACCGUGCCACAGCUACGACCUGUCCUUGAGGCUAUAUCCAGAGGAUCAUCGCCCGUUCCUCCAGAACAGUUGCUGAAGACAUCAGAUCAGCAAGGGAGCAACAAAGGUCCUGACCUCCACUCUGAGUCUAAAGGAAGCCCCGUGAGAUGCAGCCAACAGGCCAGCCUGCCUGUCCAGCCAUCCCUCCAGACCAGCACUGUCUCCAGCUCGCUGCAGCUCAACUCUCUGCCGCUGAACUCCCGUUCUCUCACCCUGAAACACACCAGUCGCAGUGGCAGCAAAUCCCAGCUGCCAGCCAUGCAUGCUGACAAUUUGGAAUCCAGUCCCUUGCCCGGCAUCCUGUCCUCUUCCAGCCUGCUGGCCAACCACAACACCAGCAGCAGCAGCAGCAUCUCCUAUGAUAAUCUCAUUCCUGCAGACCCUCAGGUCAUGGCUCAGAGAGGGGCCGCUCCAGUCAGCUACCCCCAUCACUUUAUGACCCUGGGCACAGACGGGAACCUGCAGCGGUCGCAUCCUCGCACAUACAGUCCCGUGUUUAUGGGCAUCAGCAGACAGUCUCCUCAGCCUCGAGAUCCCUCACCUUCUUUGCAGGGUCUAACCUCCAGGGAUGCCUCGCCUUCUUUCCAAGGUUUUAUUCAAAGAGUCCCUUCUCCUGCUUUCCAAGGACUGUUGCCAAGAGAGCUUGCAUCCCAAAGCGUAAUGUCGCGAGACGUCCCACCUCUGGGUUUGGCGAUGCGAGACGCGGCUUCUCAGAGUCCUCGAGGUAGUCUUCGGGACCUCAUUCCUCCAGACAUGACACCUCCGCUGUCUGCUGCUGCGCGCUAUGAUAACUUUUCAAAAGCCAUCAUGGCUUCUAUUCAAGAGAGACGGGAGCUGGAGGAGCGGGAGAGGAUGCUCCGUCGCCCGGCCAGGACCCAGGCGCUCUUUGGCCCUGAUAUGGGGAUCUAUGACAUCCCAAGCAGGAGAAGUUUACCACCGGACAACAUUCGACCUCCGGGCUCCCGCGGACCAACUCCGCCGGCCUACGGCUCCAGGGAGUUUCUCAUGAGUACGGGCGUCCUAGGUUACAACAUCAGGACCUCACCUCUCUCCAGCUCUUCCACAUCUUCUCUCACACAUGGUCCAAAAACCUCCAGCUCUCCUCUGCAGAAUAGCAGCAGCAGCCUACAAAGCAGGGGCAGGUCUUCCUCUCCAGCCUAUUACCCUCCUGAGAGGCCGGCCCCAGGCUUCCCUUCCUCUAUGUCCACCCUGCCCCGCUUUUCCUCUUCCUCAACCUCCUCUGCCCCCCUGUAUGCCUCCUAUGCCAACACAAAACGUUCCUCGCUCCCAUACUCCGGCGAGGGGAAAGACUCUGUCACUUUGGGAGUCCUGAAAUGAAAAAAAGAAAAAGAAAAAAAGAGUCAUGUUUCUGGUGGUGUGAAUGACUCAUCUAUGCAGCGUUAGUCUCAGUCUUCACAGCUCUGCAGCGUGUAAAUAAGAAGCCAUUUGGGACUUCCCUUUGUAGGAGGGUGUGGGACAAAUAAAUACACAAUGAUGGAUGCACAUAGAAACUAUAUUCUUGCAAGGUCAUGUAAGUUUGAACAAAUAAAAAAAAAAAAACCCCUGUGAAUCUCAGGAUAGCUGUGCCUCCUCUUACAGACAGAGGGAGCUCUAUAAACUCAGAAGAACUAUGUGAAGAAUACAGAUUAACUUAUUUGUUUGUAUGUCAUUUGAUAAUGCUUUUGUGAAACAGUGUAACAAUACACUUUGCCUCCUCCUGAACAACAAAAAAAGAAAACUCCCUGUUUAGUAGAAUUUUGUAGCUGUUUAUAUGAAUAAACCUAUUUUGUAAUUUCCA